GCCAUGAUCGAAGAGGAGGAGGAAGGCCGGUGUCUUUCGAUCGCAUGCACAGAGAUUUUGGAUGUCGAUCUUUAUGUUCUUGGUUCUUUCUUGCGCAGAGAGGUACGAGCGGUACGGGAAGGAGAAGGAGCAGAAAUUCAAGCUCCACGUCUCCUGGCUCGAGACAUCCGAGAGCCACAUCAUCGCUGUCGAGCUGCCCGGAGUGGAAAAGUCGGGCAUCAAGCUCCAGAAGAUGGGCGAUCAGGCGCUGCAACUCUCGGGCGAGCGCGAGGACGUGCUGCCGCUGCCCAAGGACGACGCCAAAGCCAAGUUCCGCCAGAAGGAGCUCCGCGCAGCCACCUUCUCGCGGGUCUUCAAGUUCCCGUCCAAGGUCAAGGAGAUCAAGGCCACCUUCACAAACGGCAUCCUCACCAUCACCGUCCCCAAGGAGCACGACACCAAUGGCUGUGAUAAUGGCUGCCGCGAUAGCGCUAGAAAGACCAUGGCCAGUGCUUUGCUUGCCCAAAUCCUCUUCGCGAAUUCGAUGUAGCGCCAGCGAUUGCUCCGGUGGAGGGGCUGGACGAAAGAGAAGAGAUCUCCUGCUGGCGUCGGGAAUUCUCACUACCCAGAUCGUUGGCGGCGCCGCUAGAGCGAUCGAGGCGGGUAGCGCGGCGGGCAUCAGGGCGCUCGUCCAGGAAGCCCAGGAGGAAUGGGGACGAGGGUUGGAUCCAGAAAACCCUGAUCGCGCAACGAGCUUGGAUCGCGCGUGCCGGAUUUUCGACCGCAUUGUCGCCAUGGAUCCCGCCAGGACCGCGUGGCUAGAAGGGCGAGGCCAGGUUCGUGUGGAUGCCAAGCGAUUCGAGGAAGCGGUGGCCGAUUUCGAUGAAGCGAUUCGCAGGCAGCCAGGGAACUAUCGAGCUUACUCCGGACGAGCGCUGGCUUUCGAAGGGCUGGCGCAGUGGAGCAACGCGGUCGCGGAUUACACGGAAGCUUUGCAACGAGGAAGAGCCGCGACUGGGUAUCGGGAUCCAUACGUGAUGAACAGCCGAGGGAAUGCUCUCGCUUCGCUUGGGCGGUACAAGGAGGCACUGCGCGACUACUCGGCAAGCUUUGACGCUUUCCAGGAUGCAAGGGAGCUGGACGGGGCCAUCUACGCGAAAGCCAACGCUGCUCUCAUGCGUAUCCAGGUUGGCGAUGAAGCAAAUGGACUCAAAGAGUUGCUAGCAGUGGCACGAAGAGCUCCCGGAAGCAUCGACAUGCGAGCGGCACUCGCGGCCGUGUACUGGUCCAUGGGCCGAGCCAACGAAGCCGAGGACGAGUGGGAGUUUGCCUGCGAGAAGAUAAACUCGGGCAGGCUCUUCGACGGCUGCGAGCGCUACAAAGACACGGACUGGCUCAAGAGGAUCCGGCGAUGGCCCCCGGUUAUGAUCCAACACAUGGACGAUUUCUUGCGAGUCCGUAAAUCUCCAAGGUGACCACCACCAUGCCCGGAUCAUCCAUUUUUAUUUC